AAGUUUCUAACCGCAAUGUUUCUCUUCUUUUUGUUGCAGUCGUUUUUCGGGCGGACGUACAACAACCUGGGCUCCAUCACCGAGUGCAAGAACCAGGGCGCGUGCGUCAUCAACAAGAAGAACCGCACGUCGUGCAAGGCGUGCCGCCUGCGCAAGUGCCUGCUGGUGGGCAUGUCCAAGAGCGGGUCGCGCUACGGCCGCCGCUCCAACUGGUUCAAGAUCCACUGCCUGCUGCAGCAGCAGCAGAGCCAGACGCAGGGCUCCAGCCCCAGCCCCACCACGGCCUUCUACCCGGGCGCCUUCCUGCACAGCCCGUUCCUCGGCGCCGCCGCCCACCACCCGCCCGGCCUGGCCGACUACCCGGGCCUGAUGCACGCCGACGUCAAGGAGGAGGUGGCCCGCGCCGAGCGCGCCGAGCGCCUCCAGGAGCUGUCCGAGAGGGCCGCCAAGUCGGAGCGGUCGGCCAGCUCGCACUCCGAGUACAGCUCGUCGGGCGAGAACGACAACGACUCGAGCCGCUCGCCCAACACCUUCCUCCGGCCGCCCUCCUCGCACCAGACGCCGUCGCCCUUCAGCGAGCCCGAGCUGCUGGGGGCGCGCAUGAAGCUGGAGGUGCGGUCGCCGCCGUCGCCCCUCGGCCCCGCCUCCUUCACCACGCCGCCGCUGCCCGGCCAGGUGGCGUCACCCCGCGUGCUGUUCCCCCCGCUGCCGCUGCCCGGCGUGCCCGGCGUGGCGCGCCCCGGACUCGCCCCCACCCUCAUGUUCCUGGACCCCAGCUGCCCGCCACGCGCCGGCGGCGACCUGGCGCUGGCCAGCCCCGCGCUGGGCGGCCUGGCCGAGGACCAGGACCAACCCAUGGACCUGUCCGUCAAGGGCACGUCCAUGUCGGCGAGAACCUCGCCCUCGCCGCCGCACUCACCAGCCGCGGUCACCAAACUGCCCGAGGGGCUGGCCCAGGACGACACCAAAGACUCCAAGGAGUGUGUGCUUGACCUCACGAGCAAACGCGGCUCUGAAGUUCCUCAGUCAGGGUGAUUUCCCCGCCGUUUAUGUUGUAACUAGGACCUCUCUUUUUGUUUUCUUUGUUUUUUUUUAUUAGAAAUAAUUGAGGUUUUUGUUAAGUUGAGGUUCUUUUUUUUCUUACGUGAUGACAAAGUAAAAAGUAUGUGUGGGGUUUUAAACUUUCACAUAAAGAUGUACUUUCUUUGUUAUUUAAUUUUAUUGCUAGGAUAAUUUUUCAUCGUGAUACCUUAAACAAAUCUCUUCCUGUAAGGCAGUUGUGGUAGUACUAUACCAAUUGUAAGCAAAGUGAUUGAGAGUAGUUAAUUGUAGGUGGGCGUGUUGUAUCGUUCUAUUGUAUUAUUUAUUUGCAGAGUUUUAUUGCUGUGCUUCAAAAAUUUGAUUAGAGCGAAGAAGUUAAAAUGUUAUAAUCAUUAUUUUUGAAGGAACAGUGUCUAGCCCAACGAAGUCAUAAAUAUUAUAAUUCUAUAUAAUACAUAAAGUAAAUUAGUAAAAUAUCUUGAAUGAUUUUGAUAUUAAAAUGUGUCAUAGUGAGAUAUUUGUACAUACAUUUAUACAAUUCUCUCAAUAUUGUACAUAUUAAAUGAUUUGUGUUUUAUUGAAUGUGACACUCUAUUUUUGUACAUUUGUUGUGUUUGAGCAUGAGUAAAAGAUACCAAUGAGUACAAAACUA